AUGGACUUUCUCAUUAAAUUUGCCCAGGCACACCAAUCUUUUCGGCUGGCCGAGAUUCAAGCCUUGGCUGUCGUCGAGGGUGUCGAUCUGACCGUGGUCGAGUACAGCCACGAGUCACCAUUUUGCCUCGUUCGGCUGCCAUCUGUAGAAGAAGCUCAAAGGUUGAUCCGACGCUCAAUUCUGGCGCAGUCGAUCCAAGAGCUCUGGGGUACCGGUAACACCCUUGAGAGGUUACACCAGUCUGUAGAGGAGCGGUCAAGAUAUCUAUGGCCUCGAUACAAGGAUGCUUCAUUCAAGUUUGAAAUCGACUCGUUCCAGGGAGCCAAUUCAGGUAGUCGGAGGCUAUCCAUCAUCAACUCUUUCCACUACCUGCCCUUUGAAGGGCCCAUUCGGCUUAACACCCCUGACAAUGUUUUUACCGUCUUCGAGCUCUGGCCAUGGAAUAGUGUACCGCUCGGAGUUAAGGAUCCGGACAUGUUUCAUCUUGGUCGUUUCGUUGCAGCUUCAUCCCGUGACGUUGUACUCAAGUUCGAUUUGAAGAAGCGAGAGUACAUUUCUACUACGAGCAUGGAUUCUGAGCUGUCUCUUAUCACUGCCAAUAUCGCCUUAGCUGCACCUGGCAAGCUUUUCUACGACCCUUUUGUCGGCACAGGAUCUUUUCCCGUCGCAUGUGCUCAUUUCGGCGCUGUCGGCUGGGGAAGCGAUAUCGAUGGUCGGAGUAUGCGAGGUGACGGCGACCGCAAGAGUCUACGCGGCAACUUUCAGCAAUACGACCUGAGUUCGUGUUUGGGCGACGUCUUUUCGGCAGACCUGACAAAUACACCAAUAAGGAGAGGGAAAGGAAUAUGGGAUGGGAUUGUCUGUGACCCGCCCUACGGCGUGCGUGAGGGCCUGAGAGUGCUCGGUGUCAGGGAUCCAGAAAAGACUCCCUGGCUCAUCAAACAAGGGUUCACAAACGGGUUGUUGCCUGAUUUCGUGCCACCAAAAAAACCCUACAGCUUUCUCGCCAUGCUGAGGGAUAUAUUGACUUUUGCGGCAGAAACGUUGGUUGACGACGGGAGACUGUCGUUUUGGAUGCCAACGGCAAACGACCAAGAUCAAGAAAUUCCCGUGCCCACACAUCCCUGUCUCGAGAUUGUCGUCAUCUGCGUUCAGGUCUUCAACAAAUGUAAAUGGCCUCUUCCCGCCCUUCUCUUGGCCACUGCCCAUUCUCCUCAACUCCUACUUUUGAACAGAUUUGCCAGCUCACACUGA